UUCUGUUGCUCUGCGCUAUCGACGCCAGCCACACCCCCAUCAACCUUUUCGAUCCGAUCCCUCAUGUUUCUUGAUUCUUGAGAUCGAUCUGAUGCAACAAUCAACACUGUUCUAGCUAGUUGAUCGUAAUCAAUCAAGGAUCCAUGGCGAUCAAGAGCGUCGGGUCAGGGGGGCGGAGCCCGCUCGGCAUGGUGGUCGCCGUCGGCCUGUGCUGCUUCUUCUACGUGCUCGGCGCGUGGCAGCGCAGCGGAUACGGCAAGGGCGACAGCAUCGCGAUGGCGGUGAACCGGCAGACGGCGGCGGCCUGCGGCGGCGGCGACGGCGUGGCGGCGGUGGGACUCAGCUUCGAGACGCACCACGGCGGCGGGGGCGGGGGCGGGGACAACGAGACCGGCGCGGGGGCGCGGGCGGCGCCGGAGUUCGCGGCGUGCGCGGCGGCGCUGGCGGACCACACGCCGUGCCACGACCAGGAGCGCGCCAUGAAGUUCCCGCGCAAGGACAUGGUGUACCGGGAGCGGCACUGCCCGCCCGACGGCAAGCGGCUGCGGUGCCUCGUCCCGGCGCCGCCGGGGUACAGGACGCCGUUCCCGUGGCCGAGGAGCCGCGACUACGUGCCGUUCGCCAACGCGCCGUACAAGAGCCUCACCGUCGAGAAGGCCGUGCAGAACUGGGUGCAGUACGAGGGCAACGUCUUCCGCUUCCCCGGCGGCGGCACGCAGUUCCCCCACGGCGCCGACAAGUACAUCGACCAGCUCGCCUCCGUCGUCCCCUUCAACGACGGCUCCGUCCGCACCGUCCUCGAUACCGGCUGCGGCGUGGCGAGCCUGGGCGCGUACCUGGACGCGCGGGGGGUGAUCGCCAUGUCCUUCGCGCCGCGCGACUCGCACGAGGCGCAGGUGCAGUUUGCGCUGGAGCGCGGCGUGCCGGCCUUCAUCGGCGUCCUCGGCUCCGUCAAGCUCCCCUUCCCGCCCCGCUCCUUCGACAUGGCCCACUGCUCCCGCUGCCUCAUCCCCUGGUCCGGCAACGGUGGGAUGUACAUGAUGGAGAUCGACCGGGUGCUCCGGCCGGGCGGCUACUGGGUGCUCUCCGGCCCGCCGAUCAACUGGAAGGCGAACCACAAGAAGUGGGAGCGCACGGAGGCGGACCUCGCCGCCGAGCAGCAGCGGAUCGAGGAGUACGCCCAGAUGCUCUGCUGGGAGAAGCUCGCCGAGAUCCACGAGAUCGCCAUCUGGCGCAAGCGCCCGGACGCCGCCGCCGCGCCGGCCUGCCCGGCCAGACCGGCCGACGUGCGGACGUGCGACGCCGCGGCCAACCCGGACGACGUCUGGUACAAGAACAUGGAGACGUGCAUCACGCCGGCCGCCGCCGCCGCCGCCCCAGGCGCCGGCGAGCUGCAGCCGUUCCCGGCAAGGCUGAACGCCGCGGUGCCGCCACGCGUCGCCGCCGGCGAGGUGCCCGGGCUCACCGCCGAGUCGUACGCGGAAGAGAACCGGCGGUGGGAGAAGCACGUGAGUGCGUACAAGAAGGUGAACCGCAGGCUCGACGGCGACCGGUACCGGAACAUCAUGGACAUGAACGCCGGCGUGGGGGGCUUCGCCGCCGCCGUCUUCUCCCGCAAGUCGUGGGUCAUGAACGUCGUGCCCACCGUCGCCGAGCUCUCCACCCUCGGCGUCGUCUACGAGAGGGGCCUCAUCGGCAUAUACCAUGACUGGUGUGAGGCAUUCUCGACUUACCCAAGAACCUAUGACCUCAUCCAUGGCGAUGGCGUCUUCACCCUCUACAAGGACAAGUGCAAGAUGGAGGACAUCCUGCUGGAGAUGGACCGGAUCCUGCGGCCGGAGGGCACGGUGAUCCUCCGGGACGACGUCGAGGUGCUCCUCAAGGUCCAGAGGAUCGCCGGCGGGAUGCGGUGGAGGACGAUGAUGGCGAACCACGAGGACAGCCCCCGCAUACCGGAGAAGGUGCUCUACGCCGUCAAGCGGUACUGGACCGCCGGCGACGAGGGCUCGAGCUCGAGCUCGGAGCCGGAGCCGGAGAAGAAGACGGUGGGCAGCUCUUCGGAAGAGAAGAGCUCGGAGGAAGAAGAGGAGAAGGCGGCAAGUUCUUCAGAAGAGAAGGGUUCAGAGGAGUAGAGACUGAGUUCAGUUCUUGGGAUUUUGUAGGGAGAUCAGUUACUAGCUGUGUUCUUUCGAUUUUAGUUUUAUCUUAGGAUGAACAAUUUGGAUGUUCAAACAGAAUGGUGUAGCAUUUCUGUAAAUUUAAGCAUCAUACUUGCAUGCGUAGCUGUGCUUUGUUAAAAUUGGCAAAAUUUCCUGCAAGGCA